AUGUAUUCUUAUCUAUCUAUCUAUCUAUCUAUCUAUCUAUCUAUCUAUCUAUCUAUCUGUCAAAAGUUAUUCCUAUCUAUCUAUCUAUCUAUCUAUCUAUCUAUCUAUCUCAGUCUUAGUUCUAUCUAUGUAUGUAUCUAUCUGUUAAAAUGUAUUCUUAUCUAUCUAUCUAUCUAUCUAUCUAUCUAUCUAUCUAUCUAUCUAUCAAAAGGUAUAUCUAUCUAUCUAUCUAUCUGUCAAAAGGUAUUCCUAUCUAUCUACCUACCUAUUCAUCAAAAGGUAUUUAUAUUUAUCUAUCUAUCCAUCUAUCUAUCUAUCUAUCUCAGUCUUAGUUCUAUCUAUAUCUAUUUCUAUCUAUCUAUGUAUCUGUCUGGCAAAAUGUAUUCUUAUCUAUCUAUCUAUCUAUCUAUCUAUCUAUCUAUCUGUCAAAAGUUAUUCCUAUCUAUCUAUCUAUCUAUCUAUCUAUCUAUCUAUCUAUCUAUCUAUCUAUCUCUCUCUCUAUAUAUAUAUAUCAGUCUUAGUUCUAUCUAUCUAUGUAUCUAUUUGGCAAGAUGUAUUCUUAUCUAUCUAUCUAUCUAUCUAUCUAUCUCUAUAUAUAUCAGUCUUAGUUCUAUCUAUCUAUGUAUCUAUCUAGCAAAAUUCUGUUCAUACCUGUUUCUAUCUAGCUAUCUAUCUAUUUCAGACUUUUCAUACCUACCUAUCAUCUAUCUAUCUAUCUAUCUCAUUCGGGUAAUAUCUAUCUAUCUAUUUAUCGAUCUAUUUCAGACUUUUCAUAUCUAUCUAUCUAUCUAUCUAUCUAUCUAUCUAUCACAGGCUAUUCAUAGUCAUCUAUCACUCACAGGCAGUUCAUAUAUAUGCAUUUAG